AUGGGGUGCAAACACGACGAAUUAAAGCCCUUCGCAGUAGAGGAACAACUGCCCGGCGUCGACUACUGCAUCAACAGCCCUCCUCCGUGGAGUGAGUUCCUUCUCUUGCUGCUUCAUGAACAUCGUCCUGACAGGCACCGUGCAAAGUAUGCUUCGGUUCUGUUGUAGAUUCUGAAGCUCCCUGGUCGACUGCUGUGCUCACGUUCUUUUCUCCCUAUAAUCUAAAGUUUCCUCCUGCCCUCCAUUUACCUCUCAGCAUGCCUUUCUCGAUCCACAGAGGCCUUCUCUAAGAUCUCUCAUUUCCUGCCCUUCUCCUCUCUAUUCCUAUCUCCUCGGUUGUAGGGGAGGCGAUCCUUCUCGGUUUCCAGAACUACGUGGUCUCUCUGGGUACCAUUGUCCUCGUUGCCAACAUUCUCGUCCGGCAGAUAGGCGGCAGACAAGUGAGUAUGCGAUGCUCUGUUCUUCAUCAACCUAUUUUUGCGAAUGGGACGCUGGUUCCCUGGAUUUCUGACUUAAUUCGUACCAAGGAUCGGUAAACUGACUGAGAAGACGAGAAAAUCUUCUUUCCAGGAGGAGAAAGCCAAGCUCAUCCAGACUAUGGUCUUCGUCUCCGGUAUCAACACGCUGCUGCAGGUCAACUUCGGCACCCGGCUCCCAGUGGUGAUCGGUCGCUCCCAGACGUUCAUCCUCCCCACUCUCUCCAUCAUAUUCAGUCAGCGGUGCAGCGACAUUCUGGACCCGCAUGAGGUCACCCUCUUCGUCCUAUCUUACAAAUUUUCCCCUCUCAAUUCCGAUCAUCUGCUUCAGGCUUUCCUCCAUUUACAAAGACAGAAGUGCAUUGAUUCUUAUUGGAUCAGAGGCUCAGGCAGACGAUGAUUUCUGUCAUCUUACUAAUUCCUCAGACUUUCCUCAUAUCCAUCUCUCUGUAAUCUCUUCCUACUUCGCUUCCACGCUUAACGAAAGUGCAUGCUGGAUUUUUAUUUGAUCAGAGGUUCAUACACAGCAUGAGGGCCAUACAGGGGGCUCUGAUCAUCGCCUCGAGCCUUCAGAUCAGUUUCGGAUUCUUGGGGAUAUGGGGUGUCGUCGUGAGGUGGGUAUCUUUCCUUCCAGUUCUGUUGAUCCAGCAGUCGUUUCUAAUAAACUUAUCUUUCGAUUUCUCAUUUUGCUGCCACCAUGCUCAACGCAUCUCCCUCGCCACGGUCGACCAGGUACCUCAGUCCGCUCGCCGCAGUGACUCUCGUCACACUUGCCGGCCUCGGGCGUUUCUACGUCGGCUUCCCCGUCGUACGAGCCAGUUCUACCAUAGGAAAUCAUGUCCUCCAUGGCUUGAUUUCCUUAAAACCUUCUUUUGCUUGCCUUCUCGGGGUGAACUCUUUUCCUGCUCGUGAUCAUCGUCUUCCUUGAACACAGGCGGCCAAGUGCGUUGAGAUUGGUCUUCCAGCGAUCGUCCUCCUGGUAUUCUUAUCACAGGUAUCUUCUGCCGCAGCGCGCUUUCUCUCGGGUCUCUCCGAAGAGCUUGGAUCAAUUUGACCUCCAACAUGAUGUACUGACGCGGAGAAAUCUGCAGUAUGUUCCCAGUGCGUUGAACAGAAGGAGAGUCAUUUUCGAUCGGUUUGCCUUGACGAUCACCGUGGUGAUCGUAUGGGUUUAUGCGUUUUUCCUGACUGUUGCGGGUGCGUACAAGCACGCGAAACCCUCCACCCAGUUCAGCUGUCGCGCAGAUAGAGCUGACCUGAUUGGCGCUUCUCCCUGGUAAGCAUAUCUGUUCUUGUUACCGAGAUCUCCUCAAACACUUUCCGAAUUUGAUCCGGCAAGUCGAUCUUUCUGAAAUUUCAAACGAGGAAUAUACUAAUUCAUAUCCGUAUGAUUUCCAUUUGAAGAAGAGACGGUAAUCAAAAUUAUUUGGAUUGAGCAGAUGAACACGUAAAUGGCAGGAAUUUCCGUGGCAUGAUAUUUUCUUUCAUUGCUGUCUUUGGUUUUGCAGGAUUAGAGUUCCUUACCCGCUUCAGUGGGGAAGACCCACCUUCAACGCCGGUGAAGGCUUUGCGAUGAUGGUCGCCUCUCUGGUUGCUCUCGUUGAGGUCCGUUCCAUUUUCUACCGCUCCUUUUAUCGGUCGAUGCGCAUUUUCUACCGCUGGGUGUUUCUAUUGAGUCAUCUUCUCCUCAGAGAUGAUGAUUCUGCAACUUUGACGAGUUCUUCGAGUUCUGGUUCCAAAAUAAAUCAAAUAAGAAGACCGAGUGUUAUUGUCUCCACCUGACUUCCUCGUCUCCCAUGGCAGUCUACAGGCUCUCAAAUCGCCGCACAAAGAUUCGCGAGUUCAACGCCCGUUCCGCCGUCCGUAUUCAGUCGGGGUGUUGGGUGGCAGGUCAACAUGCCCUCUGAUCUAGAUCAGAUACGAUGAUUUGUCGUAAUAUCGUCUGCCUCAAUCUCUUUUAUUUCGACAUCUUACAGGGAAUAGGUAUCUUACUAGAUGGGCUCUUCGGUACUGCAAAUGGGUCAACUGUAUCAGUGUAAGCUCGGCUUCCUCGGCCUGAAGACAAAACUUCAUCAAAACUCACAGUACAUUAUGUAACCUCCUCCUGUUCUACCUGGGCAGGGAGAACGCUGGCCUCCUGGGGUUGACUAAAGUAGGAAGCAGAAGGGCCAUCGAAAUAUCUGCUUGUUUCAUGCUCUUCUUCUCCGUCCUUGGUAAAGAACCUACUUUAUUACAUUUCCAAGGUCAACGCUCAUUUAUCCUCGUUCUCUCUCACCUCUUCUUUGCAACAAAAACCAGGAAAAUUUGGCGCGAUCCUCGCGUCAAUUCCAUUGCCUAUAUUUGCCAGCCUGUACUGCAUCCUGUUUCCCUACGUGGGUGGGUACCUCUCCGAAGCUCCCCCUUUCUCCAGGCUUACCUGUUGAACUCUCUCUGAUGAAUCAUACUUCUGUUAACAUAUCAAAAAUCUGACCAUUCUCGUUGAAUUCGGAUAAUCCUUCUCUGCCCUAACUUGUCGGAAUUGCUGAAUUAAUAUAAGAACGUGUUGGGUGCGGGCAGCUUCAGCAGGGGUAGGGCUCCUGCAGUUCUGCAGCGUCAACAGCUUCCGCACCAAAUUCAUUCUGGGCUUCUCCCUGUUCCUCGGCACGUCGGUGGCGCAGUAUUUCAGGGAGUACUCCCUCGUCGCCGGGCACGGCCCCGCUAACACUGGCUCCAGAGCGGUGCGCAUGUUGACUACAUGAAAACUCGAUCCAUCCGUCCUCUCUCUCACUCUCCCAUCUUCCUCUCUGGUGCAGUUCAACGACAUCGUAAACGUGGUCUUCUCGUCGCCGGUGAUGGUGGGGUCUGUGGUGGCUUACUCCCUGGACAGCAUCGUCAUGCGAGGGGACGCUCAGGUCCAGCGAGAAAGAGGAUGGCAAUGGUGGGAGAAGUUCCGGACCUUCGAUGGAGACUGUAGGAGCGCGGAGUUCUACUCCCUGCCCUACAACCUCAGCAAGUACUUCCCAUCGUACUAA